CAAAAAAACAGCGGCAGUCGGACGCGGUUUUUAACGUCGAGCGCGGUUUCUUUGUUUUAGCGCUCGAAAAUUGUCGACAAUUCUCGUAAAAAAUACACUGUACCAAAUAACUAAAGAGUGCAUGCUAAUUGAACAAACAAAUGGCAUAUAUUAAAGUGAAAAGAAAUUCAACAACCGAUUUUGUUGGCGGUGUUCUUUUAUUUUUCUUUAGAUACCGUGUUUAGUUUUUUCGGUUUUAUGCUGACAUAUAACAUAACAUAACAGUGAAUAUUUCCAACAGUGUAUUGUGAGAUCAAAUUGGAUUAAAAUUCAAAGCAUUUAUCAGUGCUAAAUUGAAAUAACAACACAAGUAAGGGUAAAUCAUAGGAAAUCAAAAUCAAGUUGGAUUAUCAGCACAGCUUCUGGGACUUGCCACAGGAUGUGGACUUGGUUUUCUUGUGGCUGCUUUCACCUGCCGCAGCAGCGAUAUUCCUAACACCUCUCCGCGUUGAAUAGGCAUUUCCGGUCGUGCAGCGCGGAAACAGCAGCAGCAAUCAGCAGCGCUGCCAGCAACAACAGACGAUAUCAGAUAUAGACAACCUAUAUACACGCAUAUAUAUUUAUUCGCCGCCGCUGUCGCCGCCUUGUUCUUCGCGAUUUCGUCGCCGUCAGCGUUCGUCGCCGACUGAGACGAAAGCUGCGAAGCAACGAGCGCCAGCGAAAGCCUCACCACGGACGCAUUUAUGGAUGCGGGCGGCCUGCCAGUUUUCCAGAGCGCCAGCCAAGCAGCCGCCGUCGCCCAGCAGCAGCAACAGCAGCAGCAGCAGCAACAACAGCAGCAGCAACAUUUGAAUCUCCAGUUGCACCAGCAACACUUGGGCCUCCACCUGCAGCAGCAACAGCAGCUGCAACUGCAACAGCAGCAGCACAAUGCCCAGGCGCAGCAACAGCAGCAGAUCCAAGUGCAGCAGCAGCAGCAACAGCAACAGCAGCAGCAGCAACAACACUCGCCCUACAAUGCCAACCUGGGAGCAACAGGCGGCAUUGCUGGAAUCACUGGCGGCAACGGAGCUGGCGGCCCUGCGAAUCCAGGAGCGAUUCCCUCCGCUCCGGGCGACACUAUGCCCGCCAAGCGGAUGCCGGUCGUCGAUCGGCUGCGACGCCGCAUGGAGAACUACCGCCGCCGGCAGACGGACUGCGUGCCACGCUAUGAGCAGGCCUUCAACACCGUCUGCGAGCAGCAGAACCAGGAGACCACCGUCCUGCAGAAGCGCUUCCUCGAGAGCAAGAACAAGCGAGCGGCCAAGAAGACCGACAAGAAGCUGCCUGAUCCCUCGCAGCAGCAUCAGCAGCAGCAGCACCAGCAGCAGCAGCAUCAGCAGCACCAGCAGCAGCAGCAUCAGCAACACCAGCAACACCAGCAGGCCCAAACCAUGUUAGCCGGACAGCUGCAGAGCAGUGUUCAUGUGCAACAAAAAUUCCUGAAACGACCCGCGGAGGAUGUUGACAAUGGCCCUGACAACUUUGAACCCCCGCACAAGUUGCCUAAUAACAACAACAAUAGCAAUAGCAACAACAACAAUGGCAACGCGAAUGCCAACAACGGUGGCAACAACAAUGGCUCCAAUACCGGCAACAACAACACGAACAACAACGGCAACAGCACCAACAACAACGGCGGCAGCAACAACAACGGCUCUGAGAAUCUAACCAAGUUCUCGGUGGAAAUUGUACAGCAACUGGAGUUCACCACAUCGGCGGCCAAUUCGCAACCGCAGCAGAUAAGCACUAAUGUCACUGUAAAGGCGCUGACCAACACAUCGGUGAAGAGUGAACCAGGUGUGGGCGGUGGCGGAGGGGGCGGCGGUGGUGGCGGUAGCGGAAGCAACAACAACGGAGGCGGGGGAGGUGGCGGAAACGGUAAUAACAACGGUAACGGCGGAGGUGAUCAUCACCAGCAACAGCAGCACCAGCAGCAGCAACAACAAGGCGGCGGACUGGGAGGCCUCGGCAAUAAUGGAAGGGGCGGGGGACCCGGCGGCAUGGCCACGGGUCCCGGGGGCGUGGCAGGUGGCCUUGGUGGCAUGGGCAUGCCACCCAACAUGAUGUCCGCCCAACAGAAGUCCGCCCUGGGCAAUCUGGCCAAUUUGGUGGAGUGCAAACGGGAACCGGAUCACGAUUUCCCCGAUCUCGGCUCAUUGGACAAGGACGGUGGUGGCGGACAGUUUCCCGGCUUUCCCGAUCUACUCGGGGAUGACAAUUCGGAGAACAACGACACGUUUAAGGAUCUCAUCAACAACCUGCAGGACUUCAAUCCCAGUUUCCUCGAUGGCUUCGAUGAGAAACCGCUGCUGGACAUCAAGACGGAGGAUGGCAUCAAGGUGGAGCCUCCCAAUGCCCAGGAUCUGAUCAACAGCCUGAAUGUGAAGUCCGAGGGCGGUUUGGGUCAUGGUUUCGGUGGCUUUGGCCUGGGUCUGGACAACCCGGGCAUGAAGAUGCGUGGCGGCAAUCCUGGCAACCAGGGCGGCUUUCCCAAUGGUCCAAAUGGUGGGGCCGGUGGUGCUCCCAACUCCGGUGGCAAUGGUGGCAACUCUGGUAAUCUCAUGUCCGAACAUCCGCUGGCUGCUCAGACACUCAAGCAAAUGGCCGAGCAGCAUCAGCACAAAAAUGCCAUGGGCGGCAUGGGUGGAUUCCCCCGACCGCCGCACGGCAUGAAUCCGCAGCAGCAGCAACAACAGCAGCAGCAGCAGCAGCAACAGGCCCAGCAGCAGCAUGGCCAAAUGAUGGGACAAGGGCAGCCGGGUCGCUAUAACGACUACGGCGGCGGCUUCCCUAAUGACUUUGGCCUGGGACCCAAUGGUCCGCAGCAGCAGCAGGCGCAGCAACAGCAGCAGCCGCAGCAACAGCACCUGCCGCCGCAGUUCCACCAGAAGGGUCCUGGCCCGGGUGCCGGCAUGAAUGUGCAGCAGAGCUUCCUGGACAUCAAGCAGGAGCUCUUCUAUUCCUCUCAAAACGAUUUCGAUCUCAAGCGUCUGCAGCAGCAGCAGGCCAUGCAGCAGCAACAGCAGCAGCAGCAGCAGCAACACCAUCAGCAACAGCAGCAGCCCAAAAUGGGCGGUGUUCCCAAUUUCAACAAGCAACAACAGCAGCAACAGGUGCCGCAGCAGCAACUGCAGCAGCAGCAGCAACAACAGCAGCAGCAGCAAUACUCACCCUUCAGCAACCAGAAUCCCAAUGUGGCGGCCAACUUCCUCAAUUGCCCGCCAAGGGGCGGUCCAAAUGGCAACCAGCAGCCGGGCAAUCUGGCACAGCAGCAGCAACCCGGUGGUGGACCGCAGCAGCAACAACAGCGCAGCAACGCCGGCAACGGGCAGCAGAACAAUCCGAAUGCCGGACCCGGCGGCAACACCCCAAAUGCGCCGCAGCAGCAGCAAUCGACCACCACCACGCUGCAGAUGAAGCAGACGCAGCAGUUGCACAUUAGCCAGCAGGGUGGCGGAGCCCAUGGCAUUCAGGUGUCGGCUGGUCAGCAUCUGCAUCUGAGUGGCGACAUGAAGAGCAACGUCUCGGUGGCCGCCCAGCAAGGUGUCUUCUUCAGCCAGCAGCAGGCCCAACAGCAACAGCAGCAGCAGCAGCCCGGCGGCGCCAACGGACCGAAUCCCCAGCAGCAGCAACAGCAGCAACAGCCGCAUGGCGGCAACGCGGGCGGUGGAGUGGGCGUUGGCGUUGGCGUGGGCGUGGGUGUGGGCAAUGGCGGUCCUAAUCCCGGACAGCAGCAGCAGCAACCAAAUCAAAACAUGAGCAAUGCAAAUGUUCCCUCCGAUGGCUUCUCGCUCUCCCAGAGCCAAAGCAUGAACUUCAACCAGCAGCAGCAACAGGCGGCCGCCCAGCAGCAGCAGGUGCAGCCCAACAUGCGCCAGCGUCAGACGCAAGCGCAGGCAGCGGCUGCAGCGGCGGCAGCAGCGGCGCAGGCGCAGGCGGCGGCCAAUGCCAGCGGUCCGAAUGUGCCGCUCAUGCAGCAGCCGCAGGUCGGAGUCGGCGUAGGCGUAGGCGUGGGCGUGGGCGUUGGUGUGGGCAAUGGAGGCGUGGUCGGUGGACCCGGUUCCGGUGGUCCCAACAACGGUGCAAUGAAUCAGAUGGGCGGACCCAUGGGCGGCAUGCCGGGCAUGCAGAUGGGUGGACCCAUGAACCCGAUGCAGAUGAACCCCAACUCAGCCGGUCCGACCGCCCAGCAGAUGAUGAUGAGCAGCGGUGCCGGCGGACCAGGUCAGGUACCGGGACCUGGUCAAGGACCAAAUCCAAAUCAAGCCAAGUUCCUGCAGCAGCAGCAGAUGAUGCGCGCCCAGGCGAUGCAGCAACAGCAGCAGCACAUGUCUGGCGCUCGACCACCACCGCCCGAGUACAAUGCCACCAAGGCGCAGCUGAUGCAGGCCCAGAUGAUGCAGCAAACGGUGGGCGGCGGUGGCGUUGGCGUCGGAGGUGUGGGCGUCGGUGUGGGCGUGGGUGGGGUCGGCGGUGCCAACGGUGGCCGCUUCCCGAACAGCGCUGCCCAGGCGGCGGCCAUGCGGCGCAUGACCCAACAGCCCAUCCCGCCAUCCGGUCCAAUGAUGCGACCACAGCAUGCGAUGUACAUGCAGCAGCAUGGAGGAGCAGGCGGUGGCCCAAGGAACGGCAUGGGUGUGCCCUACGGUGGCGGAGCAGGCGGUCCAAUGGGCGGGCCGCAGCAGCAGCAGAGGCCGCCUAAUGUCCAGGUUACGCCCGAUGGCAUGCCCAUGGGCUCACAGCAGGAGUGGCGGCACAUGAUGAUGACCCAGCAGCAGACGCAAAUGGGCUUCGGAGGACCAGGACCAGGUGGACCCAUGCGGCAGGGACCCGGUGGAUUUAAUGGAGGCAACUUCAUGCCCAAUGGUGCACCUAAUGGUGCAGCGGGCAGUGGACCGAAUGCUGGCGGCAUGAUGUCCGGCCCUAAUGUGCCGCAAAUGCAGCUGACCCCAGCGCAGAUGCAACAGCAACUGAUGCGCCAGCAGCAGCAACAGCAACAGCAGCAACAGCAGCACAUGGGUCCUGGUGCCGCCAACAACAUGCAGAUGCAGCAACUGCUCCAGCAGCAGCAAUCCGGAGGCGGUGGCAACAUGAUGGCCAGCCAGAUGCAGAUGACCAGCAUGCACAUGACCCAGACCCAACAGCAGAUCACACUGCAGCAGCAGCAGCAGUUCGUGCAGAGCACCACCACGUCCACGCACCAGCAGCAGCAGAUGAUGCAGAUGGGUCCAGGGGGCGGUGGUGGCGGCGGCGGGCCGGGAUCCGCCAACAACAACAACGGUGGCGGUGGUGGCGGAGCAUCGGGCGGAGGCAACUCCGCGUCGACCAUUGCCAGUGCCAGCUCCAUUAGCCAGACGAUCAACUCGGUGGUGGCCAACUCGAAUGAUUUCGGUCUCGAAUUCUUGGACAACCUGCCUGUGGACAGCAACUUCUCCACGCAGGAUCUGAUCAACUCCCUCGACAACGACAACUUCAAUCUGACGGAUUUCAGUAUGCCGUAGAUGAUUGUCGGGUACCACUCAAACACCAC